AUGGUAAUGGAGAUCUGCGAUUCCGACUUGAAGAAGCUGUGCCGCACGGACGUGACUCUGACCCCGCUCCACAUCAAUACGCUGUUGUACAACCUACUCGUGGGGCUGAAAUACCUGCAUUCCGCCGGCAUCUACCACCGAGAUUUGAAGCCGGCCAACUGCCUCGUCAACCAGGACUGCUCCGUGAAGAUCUGCGACUUUGGCCUCAGCCGCGCCAUCGAAGCAGCAGAGCAGCCACAUUUGCAUGCGCUUCCAAACACGCCACGGGGUGAAGGAGACCAUGACGCCGUGCCAGGGGUCCCGCACACACAGCGCCUCAAGAGGAACCUGACUGGACACGUGGUGACCAGGUGGUACCGAGCCCCGGAACUCAUCCUGCUGCAGGAGAAUUACACCGAGGCGAUCGACAUUUGGUCGGUGGGCUGCAUUUACGCGGAGCUUCUCGGAAUGCUCGAGGGCACAAGGACCCAGGAUCGAGGGCCUCUGUUCCCGGGCUCGUCGUGCUUCCCAUUGUCGCCCGAUCACAAACACAAGACGGACUACAAGUAUCACACGCCCGGCGCCCAGCUUGCCGUGCUUCUUCAUCUGGAUUGGAGCUAG